UACAUUUAUACAAUUUAAUAAAAAUUCUUUGUUUACUACCAAAUGGGACGAGAAAAAAAGAAUGAAAACAUGGACCAUCUUGCCCCAGCCUACUAUUUAACAUAGUAACAAAAUGUGCCCAAAAAAAGAAAAAGGAAAAUAACUUCUACUAAAGCAUCCACAAGCCACCGCUGUCGCAUUCCUUUGAAGUAGUGUCUGCUUACUAAUACUGUGGACGAAUGUGCAUGUCAAGACGAAACACAGAUGCCUUAUACAUUCAUUACUAGGAACCAGUGACCAAAACUCAAUUAAAGAAAGCACGAAUAUAUAAGAAAUGCCUGUACGUACCCAUGUUCUGUUUCCGAAACAGCGAAAAAAGAUGUCUUUUGUUGGCGCCCUGUCGCCAUACAGAACGCGUGGUAUUCGAUAUCAAAGACCACCCUUUCGAAACGGACUUCGUUUGUUUUUAAAAUAAAAUGUCUGAUAAAGAAGAAAAAGCGAAAGUUACGAAACACAAAAAAGGAAAAACGAAACGUAGCGAAAAGAAAGAUGUCGGAUCGAGGAAAGAAAAAAAUAAAGAUGAUCCGGAAGUACAACCUGUGAAACCUAGAAAGCCAAAGAAAAUGAAAAAGAGUAUUUAUAUCUCCCACUCUUCGGAUGCUACUUUCGUUGAAAAGCGAUUCGUUGUGGAUUUGGUUCAACAAGUAAAAGAAAAUAACCUGUCUGAAGACAUUUGGUUCGACAAAGACGAAAAAAUAAUUGACAGUUCGUCCUGGUUAUCAACGAGAUUGGAGAAUACGGACAAAUGCAGGGCAAUAGUUUUCAUAUUUUCAAGGGACUUUAUGACGUGUCCAAUUACUGUGUAUGAGAGGAAGAUUAUAAUGGAACGAAUCUCACACGACGAUGAAUCCAAGAGACCACAAGUUUUCUGUGUAAUUUUGGAGCAAGUACAAUUCACUCGAACAUUUGCAGAAUGCUUAUUGUCAGUAAACGCUGUACUGGUGGACCUAACGGGAGACCUCGCCCAUUUGUCAAUCGAGGAAAAAACAUCAUACGCCGUGGGCGCACUGUUUGAAAGAUUGGAUAAGAUAGCUACAGUAAAGUCACCCUACAUGCCCCCACCAAUACAAAGCGAGUCGAAGUACAACGAAGAUUGGAAAAGAAAACGUGUGAUCGCUUGGAACUGCACUGACGUUGUAGAGUGGCUUUACUCAAUACACGUUCGUGAGUUCUACAGGCAUUCGUUUGCCGAGCAGCGAGUCGACGGGUAUUUGCUUCUUGCAACUAGAGACAGCGACUUGCAGUGGCUCUUAGGAGUCGAUUCCCGCAUCGUAAGAAAGAAGAUCUUAUCAGAACUAAUGCUAGUUCUCAAGUCCGAAGAGAAGUAUUCUGAAAGCUGGCAUCUAAGGUAUAGGCUCAUACGUCCAAAACGGGAUUCUAUAUAUCUCAUAUACGACCCCCAGGAUGCACGACUGGCCAGUAAUAUUAAAACAGAUUUGUUAAGAAGAGGUCUUCAGGUUUUAUCGCACGAUAAACUUGGACAAUCUCGCGAAGAAUUCUUGCAACUAAACGGUGGAAACCUCGCUAAAUGUUCGUAUGCGAUUUGCUUGAUGACUGAAGCGGCUUCCACGUCUCCAUUCGUCUUUCACGAAGUCCUCUUCUCUUAUUGGUUGGGAGGAGACAGGUCUCUUCUUACUCUUCUAUUCUCAAACUCUUGGAAUAAAUUGAAGAAUUCCAUGAAAGCAACGAUGGGUGAUUCUCCAGCUAUAGACUUUGAAAAAAAGUUGUACUCCGAGAGCAUGAGUAUUUUAGAACACCAUAUAAAACCACAACCGAACUUGACUGGCGUGGUGUUGGAACAGAAAUAUUUGGAACAAAUGACUGAAGGCGUUCAAACAUUGAAAUCCAUCUGCUUUGCCAACAUGACCAACGAACCGAACGUUGACGAAUCUAUCGUAAUUCCUAAGAUAUUUAUCAGUUAUCAGUGGGACGUCCAAGCCAGGGUAUUAGAAAUCGCUGAUUUCCUUGAGAGCAACGAUUUGCCAUGUUGGUCUGACGUCACAAUGACGCCACGGUCGUCUACGUCACGCAUGGCGAUGCGUCAGAACAAAUCUCAGAGUACAGCAGACGCUGCGCAAGUCGAGAAUCUUCAAACACAUAUUCAUAGAAACAUGAAGCUAUCCAAAGUCGUCGUCUGCUGCCUUACGCCGAAAUACGUGCACUGCCAAAACUGCGAGCAAGAUAUGUUAUUGGCCAGCAGUCUCGGAAAACCAGUGUUGCCAGUCAUGUUGCAGUUCGUCACUUGGCCGCCAGAGGGCGCGAGUGAGCGAGUCCGAAAAAUGAUGACUCAUCUUCCCAGACCUGUCGACCUUAGCACUGACAAACUUUUCAAAGCAAAUUUGCCCCAGUUUUUGGAUAAACUUGUUCGUUUUAUGUCCUGAGCGUUUCUAGCGAAAACGGCAAACACAGUUUCAGCUGUACAAAUUUUGCUAUUGUCGACGCGAACUAUUAAAUAUAGGGUGGGGACAAACGCUCAGUGCGAAAAGUAAUUUCUAUCUUUGGUUUAGACUUGUGUAUACAGCUUUAACAAACAUUUUUGUUUGUUCCUUAAUUUAAUUUUUUUUUACAUUUCGUUACUGUUUUCGCCAAUCUUUUGAUUUAUAUUAGUUACUUUUAAACGCUUUUAAAAUGCUCACAGCGUUUUUUUUUCGUUUUUUUUAUUUGGUUCUUUAGCAUGUCGCAUAUUUUGUCCAUUUCAACCUUUAGCGUUUUAUAAAGUUGUGCCACCUUUUCACUUUACGCUACACUUAAAGUGGCUCUUUCAUGCUGUCCACUAUAAGUGUAGCAUAUUGGUUACGUAGCUAUUUCAGGGGAUUACGCGAGCACUGGAUGCUCGAAAACGCUGCCGUAAACAGGCUGUUGUCAACGCAAACUCGGCAGCUUAAAAGAACAUCGAUUAUGAGCGGCAUAACAGCAUAGUAGUCGAAAAUAUGCGGGUAGAAACCACUCACACCGCACUACUGCCCCAUAAACGCUAUGAAGUGCACUCCUGCAGGGAAACGUGUGUCACCAAUUCCACUUUCGCUUGUUUUUCGACCGUUUCCAGCCCACAAGUUGUAACAGGUCGCUGGUUACGUUUGUAGUGGCCUUCCGCGCAAUUAAAACGACCGUAAACUGUAGCUAAUGCAUUUUCGCUUAUUU